AGUAUUGCCGAUUGGCCCCCCAAAUCCCAGCCCCCUACGGCCCCUUCCACGGGAUGGCGCUGCGACUGAUCUCGAGGCCUACUCGCCGCUGAUAGGCAUUCUCACCGCCGGUGAUUCCUCCUCUCCAUUUCAUCACCUUCCCGACCCAGGUCUCCUCUGCCCUACUCCUUUUCUAGCCCUAAUCCCCACCGAACGGAUCCAGACCCGCCUGAUUCUCCACCAAGCUGGCGUAGGGUCCUCCCGCCGUGCACCGUGACGCCCGUGCGCGCCGCCGCCGACGUCUCCGCGUGCGGCGCAUUACCCCGCCUCCGCCGCCACUCGGCUCCGUCUCCCCACGCACACGCCUCAGCGCUCCAGGAAGGAAGGAAGCGGAGCAACCGCUCGCACGGCGUAGCAUCCACGCAGCCGCGGUGGCGUAGCAUCGACGCGCGGCGAGUUCGCUCCCCUCCCUCCCCCCCCGGCCGCCUAUAAAACUCGCUCGAAUCGUGAACCCGCCCGUCUCCGGCUCUCCCCAACCCCUGUCUUCUCCCAGGCUCCAGAACCUCGUUUUGCCGUCUAGUCGCAGGACUCCCGAGGCUCGGAAGAUGGCCGGCGAGAGCAGCAUCAGGCGGCCCCUCUUCGGCGGCGCCAUCUCCACCGCCUUCCCCGCCCGGUUCCAGGAUGUGAGCAACAUUCGCGAGGUCCCCGACCACCAGGAAGUUCUCGUUGAUCCCGCUCGUGACGAGAGCCUCAUCUUCGAGCUGCUUGACCUCAAGGGCGAGGUGGAGGACGGCGGCAGCGCGCUCUGGUUCCUGCGCGACGUCGCCAACGAGCAAGAUGCGGCGGAUAACUUGGUGGUCGAGCACUCUGGGACAAUUGAACUAGCUGGUCUGCGCUCCGGGGAAGCACCUGCAGUGGCUGGAACUGCAAUUGGCAAGCUGGCUGUUUCAAAAGGGAGGCAAGGCAGAGAAGCACAGAACAUUGUUCGACUUUAUUUGGCAAACAUACGUCUCAAGAAUGCAGCAACUGAUGUAGUUAUCACCGCAUAUGAGCCACUGUUGAUAAAUCCUUUGAGUGAAAGUGCCCAGGCAGUUGCAGCUGGACCAGCAGUACCCGCAGAACAAGCAGGAUGCUUGCCAAUGUCGGAGGUGUUCAGACUUGCAGUGAUGAACUUUGAUGUCCAUGAUUGGAACCUUUUCAAUGGCAGCGGUUGAAGCAGAGAGGGUAACAUCUCAGUGCUAGAGUGAUUCUUAAAAAGGUGUUCUGCAAGAGAGUGUUUGGGGAAUGUACUUUCCUUAGCAAAAACUAGUCUCUGAAUUUUCCUUCAGAGUAGUUUUUCUUUUCCUGAAAGUGCCAUCACUUAGCGUAUGUAGUGUCAUCCAAAUAACCCUGGUUGAAGUUCAAUAUAUCAUGUUAGCUUGCACUAGAAUUUA